GUCUUCCUGUAAACGGAAAAGAAUCGUUAAUGAAGCGGCAUGGAGGUUAAAAAUGACAUUAUUUGCAGCCCGGAGUCACACACUGAUUUAUUGCCCAUCCACAGAGAGGUAUCACUAGCUUGCUCUAUCCGUGGAACGACGACGCUCGUGACGGCCGUCCACCUCAGCAGACUGGUCGGGAUCUGGUGAUGGUGUCGCUCGGUGCCCUAAUCGGGACAGAGCUCCCACUCUGCUUUAGAAACCAUGAAAAGCCGUGAGUAUCAGCAGAUCGACCCGAAGGCGCUGCCGACGCCCAGCCAGAGCUCCCCGCCUCACCAACACCUGGCUGUCGGCGGUGACGGGAGGAAGGAGCCGAUGACACCCAGGAGAAAGUGGGAAGUUUUCCCCGGGAAGAACCGCUUCUUCUGCGAUGGACGGAUUAUGAUGGCCCGUCAGAGUGGGGUCUUUCCCCUCACGCUGGGCCUUAUCCUCGUCACGAGCGGGUUAUUUUUCAUAUUUGACUGCCCGUUCCUGGUCAAACACCUGACCAGAUGUAUUCCUGCUGUCGGAGGGGCCCUGUUUGUGUUCGUGCUCAUCACGCUGCUCCAGACCAGUUUCACCGACCCCGGCAUCCUGCCUCGAGCCACUCCAGAGGAGGCCGCGGACAUAGAGAGACAGAUUGAUGACACGGGGAACACCAGCUAUCGGCCUCCGCCGCGCACCAAGGAGGUCCUCAUCAACCAGCAGGUGAUCAAGCUCAAGUACUGCUUCACCUGCAAGAUGUUCCGGCCUCCUCGCACGUCCCACUGCAGCCUGUGUGACAACUGUGUGGAGCGUUUCGACCAUCACUGUCCUUGGGUGGGGAACUGUGUCGGAAAGCGCAACUACCGGUUCUUCUACAGCUUCAUCGUGUCCCUGUCUCUCCUGACGGCAUUCAUCUUCGGAUGUGUGACCACACAUCUGGCUUUGAGGGCCAAAGGAGGAAAGGGCCUGAUGUUUGCCCUUCAGGAGAGUCCUGGCAGUGCAGUGGAGUUGGCUAUAUGCUUCUUCUCAGUCUGGUCUAUCUUGGGCCUCUCGGGCUUCCAUACAUACCUUGUUGCUUCCAAUCUGACCACCAAUGAAGACAUUAAAGGCUCCUGGUCGGGGAAGAGUGGAGACGCUGUAACCAACCCAUACAGUCAUAAAAACAUUUUUAUUAACUGCUGUUCAGUUCUCUGUGCGCCCAUGCCACCCAGCUUGAUCGACAGACGAGGCUUCCUGCCCGCGGAUGAGCCAGCCAGGGCGCGCGGCGUGGACUUGGAGCUGCCCAAUCCAAACACUAAAAGUGAUAGAAACGUGUGCGUACAGGGACCUAAAGGUUUGCUGGAGUCGGCGGCUCUCACUCCUCUUCUGGCCACCUCGUGUCCUCAGGGGAAACCUCAGACAGCUCUUCCUUGCCCAGAAAGCAUCUCGGCUCUGAACUCCGACCCCUCCCUGGAGCUCUCCCAGAGAUGUGGCGGCACCCACCACAACUCCAAGACCUAUGGGAGCACUUCUCCUCCGCUCCCCACCAAGAGUCGCUUGCACAAGCACAAACGAGCCUCUUCACAUACUCCCAGCCCCACCUUUGACGACCACUUUACCCCUUCCUCCCAUGACGGGAACCAUCGCUCUGCCGCCAGGGGCCACCGAGGAGCCAAGUUUGCCACACUGCAGUGACUGACUCCGAUUAUAUAUGGGUUCAGAAAGCAUAUUAUACACUUAAGCUUUAAGAUGUCACAAGAGCAGAAAUGGAGGCAUGUCUGGGGUUUUAAUGGCUCUUAGGUUAAGCUGCAUAUCUAGCAGAAGGGUGGUUCUAUGUUCAAGGCGUUUCUCAGAGGAGUGAUUGAACCUGUUUUGACCUUUGCCCCUUCUAGGACCAACAAACGUGGAUUUAUUCUAAAUGAAUGCAACAAGAGUUAUCUACUGCCAGUAAGAAAUGAACUGCUUACAACCUUUUAAGUGAACCUCCCUUCAAAAUGCCCCCACCGUCAUGGCAAACCGUUUUAACAUAAAAUCUGUUUGAUUCCAGAUAUCUGAAAUUCUUUUUAUGACCAGACAUAUUUUUAAAUCAUGAUAUCGCUAAUUAUCUUCUUUGGGUUUUUUUUUUUUAGAUGAAAUACCUUUUUGAGACAUCUCUAAUUACAUCCUGACUAGUGUAUACAAUUAAUUUGUAAAGGAGCUUUAAUUCAAGAUAACUAAAAGUAAUCUUUUUAAAUGAUUGACAUCUGAAACAUAUAUUUCAGAUAUGAACAAUUAAAUUAUUACUAGUCCAAAAAUAAAUUUAAGCUGUCUCACUUUUUGUUCUGACCAGUCAUAAUUGUAAUUAAAGAUAUUUUUGAAUGACAACAUAAUUCCAGAUAUCUUAAAUGUAGUUUUAGAUAUAAAAAUUCACUAGUGCAAUUUAAAUUCCAGGUAUUUUGAAAGCAAAUAAUAAUAAGACAAAAAUACAUUUUAAAUAUCUAGAACUAUAAUUUCGACUAGUUAAAAUUCCUUUUAAGAUAUUUCCAAAUGAAUCAGAGAUGUCUUUAAUUGGACAGCUUUUCUAAUUCAGAUACCUUGAAUUAGCAUUUUUUACAGUCAAAAUGACAGAUUUAUGUAGCAUUUUGACAUUUCAAUAUUACAAUGAAAAAAAAAGGUUGACAGAAGCACGUUUUUCUGUUCAAAGCCAUUUUUGCGUGCAUUGUGUUACUUGGAGGAGAAUAUAGAAAAUUCUUUGCAGAUUUCUGAAGCAGUCUUCAAGUUAACAAUUUUUGUUGUUGUUGCGUUUUCCGCAUAUCCUGUAAAUAUUUUUGAACUGAACUGAAUACCACUGAACCCUUUCUGUGUUAUGGUAUUUUCUGCCAAUUUUCUGCCGGCACCUUUUUGGACAGCUCAAUGGCACCACAAGGGGGUUUUCUAAAUUAAUUCAAAAUUGAUUAAGAAAUCUAAAAAUGUAAUUCUGACUGAAUUACAGUCAAACAGUCAUUUGACUGUAAUCCCUUACAGCUACUUUACGGAUGCGUGACAUUUGAGAUAUUGUGAAAGGUAUUUUGACUCGUCAAACCAAAAUUAAAGAUAUCUUGAAAUAUUAUUCUUAUUAGGCAGAUGUCGUAAAUUGGGGAUAAUUAAAAUGUAGUUGUGUGUAGUCAAAAGGCAUUUUUAGACAUCUGGGGUGUAAUUAUUGAUAGUCAGACAAACCUGAUUUUAUGCUAUAGAACCAAACCUGCCAUAGUGUCAUUUUCUUUGGGUUCCAACUUAAAUGGUAACUGAUGACAGCUGAAUUGGAAAUUAGCUUGGAAUUGAUCUGCUAACCUCUGCUCUGAUUUCUUUCCUUCGUUUUCAGGUUUUAUGUUGACCACCAUUAAUCUCCUCGUACCUAUGAUAAACAUCCAGCUGGCUUAUAGAGGUCUGCGAGUCAGAAUAAUGUCAGUCAUAGUUCAUUUUGAUGCUACCUGGCUGUUUUGUUGAAAAUUGUGAAUAUAGCACGACGUGAGUUUUUUGUGGAUUUUCCCUUUAAGCUUGCUGGGUUAGAUGUGUCUUAUCAGCUGCACUGGACCCCUUCAGUGCUACACAAAUGACAGAGAAUGCAACUGCAUGGUCAUAACUAAACAUGUAUUUUAUUGUAUAAGAACGUCUUUAUUUACAUCUCUUAAAACAUGAAAGCACCUUUUAAGUAGAGCCAAAGCAGCUCAGACCCAUCAAUUUGUUAUCAUCCCCUUUUACAAAUACCUGCUUGCACUUUCAACUCUGGUCUAUCAAAAACAAAACCUGUUCCUGACACUUAUCUCUUAAAUAAUUUGAUUUUGUGUCUUUUAACAGAUCUGUUUUAUGUUUUCCCGGAGAGAUUGGUUCUCAGGUUGUAAAAUUGUACUUUUGCUCUCUUGAAAAGCAAGUUUUAUGCGACACUGUACGAUGGCAAUAGCUGCACAAAAAUGCAAUGACCCCAUUGGUCAUGUUGGCACAAUAAGCUGUUGAGACACAUGCAUGAACUUCUCUCUUCGUCUGUGUUGAAAGCCCCAUCUCAGCACCUUCAGUGUGAAUGAAAGCAACGCAUUCAGAAGUAGAAAUGUAAUGUUUCCUUUUUGUAUGAACUGUGGGCUUAUUUAAGCCAAUGUUCCUCUUCCAAUAAAAGCAAGGAAAGCAAACUGCA